ACGACCGGCAGCACCAUGCUCCGCCUGGGCAGGCUGCUGCGGCUCCUGACUCUGGUGAAGUUGCCCUGCUGCCUGCUGGAGUUCCUGCUCUCCGAGGCGGCCCUGGGGCAGGAGAUGUACGCGCCGCACUCCAUCCGGCUGGAGGGGGACAUCACGCUGGGGGGGCUCUUCCCUGUCCACGCCAAAGGCUUGCCCUGCGGGGACAUUAAGAAAGAGAACGGCAUCCACAGGCUGGAAGCGAUGCUCUACGCCCUGGACCAGAUCAACAGCGAUCCGGAGCUGCUGCCCAAUGUCACGCUGGGCGCUCGCAUCCUGGACACCUGCUCCCGAGACACCUACGCGCUGGAGCAGUCGCUCACCUUCGUGCAGGCGCUCAUCCAGAAGGACACCUCCGACGUGAGGUGCACCAACGGGGAGCCGCCCGUCUUCGUCAAGCCGGAGAAAGUAGUUGGAGUGAUCGGGGCAUCGGGAAGUUCCGUGUCUAUUAUGGUGGCCAACAUCCUCCGGCUCUUCCAGAUCCCACAAAUCAGUUAUGCCUCAACUGCACCAGAGUUGAGUGAUGACAGGCGCUAUGAUUUCUUCUCACGUGUGGUUCCUCCAGAUUCCUUCCAAGCGCAAGCAAUGGUGGACAUUGUGAAAGCUUUGGGAUGGAAUUAUGUAUCCACUUUGGCAUCUGAAGGGAAUUAUGGAGAAAAAGGAGUCGAGUCCUUCAUGCAAAUUUCCAGAGAGGCAGGUGGGCUCUGCAUCGCUCAGUCCCUGAAAAUCCCACAGGAUCGCAAGGACAAGACCAUUGACUUUGAUAAAAUCAUCAAGCAGCUCUUAGAAACUCCCAAUGCCAGGGCCAUCGUUAUUUUUGCCAACGACGAGGACAUAAAGCAAAUCCUGGCAGCUGCCAAGAGGGCUGACCAAGUGGGGCACUUCCUAUGGGUGGGCUCGGACACGUGGGGCUCCAAGGUGAGCCCAUUGCUGCAGCAGGAGGACGUGGCUGAAGGGGCCAUCACCAUCCUGCCCAAGCGAGCGACCAUCGAGGGGUUCGAUGCCUACUUCACCUCCCGCACCCUGGAGAACAACAGGAGGAAUGUGUGGUUUGCUGAGUACUGGGAGGAGAACUUCAACUGCAAGCUAACCAUCAGUGGGUCGAAGAAGGAGGAUACAGACCGCAAAUGCACAGGGCAGGAGCGCAUCGGCAAGGACUCCCACUACGAGCAGGAGGGGAAGGUGCAGUUUGUGAUCGAUGCAGUGUACGCCAUGGCACACGCACUGCACCACAUGAGCAAGGAUCUGUGUGCUGACUACGCCGGGGUCUGCCCUGAGAUGGAGCGCGCGGGCGGCAAGAAGCUGCUCAAGUACAUCCGCAGCGUUAACUUCAACGGCAGUGCUGGCACUCCAGUGAUGUUUAACAAAAAUGGUGAUGCACCAGGGCGCUACGACAUCUUCCAGUUCCACACCACCAACACCAGCACCCCGGGCUACCGCCUCGUCGGGCAGUGGACAGACGACCUCCAGCUCAACAUCGACGACAUGCAGUGGGGUAGAGGAGUGCGAGAAGUCCCGUCCUCGGUCUGCAGCCUGCCUUGCAAGCCGGGAGAGAGGAAGAAGAUGGUGAAGGGGAUGCCGUGCUGCUGGCACUGCGAGCUGUGCGAUGGGUACCAGUACCAGGCCGACGAGGUCACCUGCCUGCUGUGCUCCUACAACGAGCGGCCCAACGAGAACCGCACCGGCUGCCGCUCCAUCCCCAUCGUCAAGCUGGAGUGGCACUCGCCCUGGGCCGUGAUCCCCGUCUUCUUGGCCAUGCUCGGGAUUAUCGCCACCAUUUUUGUCAUGGCGACCUUCAUUCGCUACAACGAUACCCCCAUCGUCCGGGCCUCGGGGCGGGAGCUCAGCUACGUCCUGCUGACGGGGAUCUUCCUCUGCUACAUCAUCACCUUCCUGAUGAUCGCCAAGCCGAACGUCGCCGUGUGCUCCUUCCGGCGCAUCUUCCUGGGGCUGGGGAUGUGCAUCAGCUACGCAGCCCUGCUGACUAAAACAAACCGCAUCUACCGCAUAUUUGAGCAGGGCAAAAAGUCAGUGACAGCACCCAGGCUUAUCAGCCCCACGUCGCAGCUGGCGAUCACGUCGAGUUUGAUAUCUGUGCAGCUUCUAGGUGUCUUUAUUUGGUUUGCAGUUGACCCACCCAACAUCAUUAUAGAUUAUGAUGAGCAGAAAACUAUGAACCCUGAUCAAGCCAGAGGAGUUCUCAAAUGUGACAUAACGGAUCUACAAAUCAUUUGUUCCUUGGGUUAUAGCAUUCUUCUAAUGGUUACAUGUACUGUGUAUGCCAUCAAGACUCGGGGUGUCCCAGAGAAUUUUAAUGAAGCUAAACCCAUUGGAUUCACUAUGUACACUACCUGUAUAGUAUGGCUUGCCUUCAUUCCAAUAUUUUUUGGCACUGCCCAGUCAGCUGAAAAGCUCUACAUACAAACUACCACACUUACAAUAUCCAUGAACCUAAGUGCUUCAGUGGCCCUGGGGAUGCUUUACAUGCCGAAAGUGUACAUCAUCAUCUUCCACCCCGAGCUCAACGUGCAGAAGCGGAAGCGCAGCUUCAAGGCCGUGGUGACGGCCGCCACCAUGUCGUCCCGGCUCUCACACAAGCCCAGCGACAGGCCCAACGGCGAGGCCAAGACGGAGCUCUGCGAGAACGUGGACCCCAACAACUGCAUACCACCAGUAAGAAAGAGUGUUCAAAAGUCUGUUACUUGGUACACUCUUCCACCUACUGUAUAGCUUUUGCCUGCUUUCCAAAAAGGAGUCUCACAGAUAACACUUUGUAUGUGAAGCAGCAGGAACACCUCCUCUGCAUGCCAACCUGCUGCAGGCAGCCCUGCCU